AACUACGACAACAUCAAAAACAAAAUCCAAACGAAAAGAAACAGUCAAAACCCAGCAACAGAUAAACAAAACUCAAUUGAGAUGUUAAAAAACUUGGUCAAUCAAAGACAAUCUAUCAAAAAGAUCAAGAUCAAUCAAUCGAGGCAAACCACGAUCAAUCUUAUCAAUCAUCAUAGUACUUCAUUCUCAACCAGUUCGACUUCAUUUCAACCCACAACAUUAAUCUUCACUCAAUCUAAACUACGCUCCCUAUCUCCAAGACUCGUCAAUCCCUUAUCCUCACUCUUCAAUUCAAGAUCGAUUUUCAUCCAAACCGAAACCACUCCCAAUCCAGAUGCAUUAAAGUUUAUACCAGGAGUCCCCGUGAUGGGAAAGAGCAAUGGAACUCUAGAAUUCUUAUCCAACUCAAACCCAAACUCAUCACCCUUAGCCAAAUCAUUAUUCAAGAUCCCAGGUAUCAAAUCUUUAUUCUUUGGUCCAGAUUUUAUAAGUAUCAAUAAAGACGAAGAAACGAAUUGGUCGAUCAUCAAACCUGAAAUUUAUUCUUUAAUGAUGGAAUUCUUUAGUUCAGGUCAACCUAUCUUAACUGAUGAAUCAGAGGGUAAUCAAGGUCCUGAAGAUACUAGAGUACUGGAAUCGGAUUCUGAGGUGAUUGCUAUGAUCAAAGAAUUAUUAGAUACCAGAGUUAGACCUUCUAUCCAAGAAGAUGGUGGCGAUUUAGAGUAUAAAGGGUUUGAUGAAGAAACUGGUGUGGUGACUCUUAUGUUAAAAGGUAGUUGUAGAGGUUGUGAUAGUAGUACGGUAACACUCAAGAGUGGUAUCGAAAGGAUGUUGAUGCAUUAUAUUCCAGAGGUUCAAGCCGUAGAACAAGUCUUGAGUGAAGAAGAAAAAGUAGCCAAUGAUGAAUUUUCCAAAUUCGAAGAAAGAUUAAGAUCAGGUGGAAAAACAGUCUCGAUUUGAAUCAAAACCACAUCUUGAUCCUUGCACAUUCAUGAAAUCAUUUCCCUCAUCCAUCUUAACUACACAUAAAUCACAAAUCUACUUUCCUAUCAAACUAUUUCACCUCAUUCAAAGUUUUGUAUAAUGCUUUUGUUUGUUUGUUUCACAAUCAUCAUCUUCAAUGGAACUGAUUUCGUUCAAAAUUUUUUGAGUAACUUGUAAAGUGCAUCAAGUCUAUUGUGAAUCAAUCCUACAUUUGUAUUCAGUGCUUUGGAAAGAUUGCAUUCAUCAUC